AACAGAGCUGCUGUGAGGAUGGGAACUCUUGUUAACAGUGCAGCGCGGCAGGCCGGUCCCUGACAGCAACCUGGAGAGCAGUCGAGUUAUUUUCGGGGCCUAUACUUCCGUCAUUUUAUAUCUCACUGGAUAAACACAGUGGAGGGUCUUUUUUUCGGGUACUCGUGUGCAAGACCGAUCGUGUUUCAGCUGGAUAAUUAAAUCAGUGCUUUGCUGGAGCUGGGGAACUUAGUUUUACCCCGAAGCCUGCCUGGAUGUUGUCCCUCUGAAAUAAGCAGACGUCAGACCUCGCCCGCCCGCCGCUGCUGCUGCUGUUAAAAUUUUUAUCGCAAUCUAAUCACAGCAUUGUUUUCGGGAUUACACUUCCGCUACGUGCACUAUGUAGCCAAGUGACUGGCAUGCUGGUGGCUAGCUGUUAGACGUUUAUCGGCUUUUUUAGUUUUAAACACCGUGCCUUGGCGGAAAGGAGAGGAUUUCGUUUUAUUUAAGGUCAUUUGAGGAUGAAUGAGCAGGAGAGUGGGGUGGUCUCCUUUGAUGAGUAUGUGCGGCAGAAAGCCCGCACUGUACCUCAGCACAGGAUGAAAGAGUUCCUGGAGUCUCUCGCCAAGGGCCCAGAGGUGCUGCAGGAGUUCAGCCAGCAGGGAGGGGCAGUGGCCACCACCACAGCCAUGGUGUACCAGCAGCAAGGCACCAACUGCAUCUACACAGACAGCACUGAGGUGGCCGGCUCUCUACUGGAGCUGGCUUGUCCGGUACAGGUGACCUCGUCAGACAUUUCACCUCAUAUGUCUGUGCAUCAAGAGUCAGAACAGCAGCUUCAAGUGCAGGUUCAGAUUGAGGAGCAACAUGGCCAAGCAGUUGGGCAGGUUCUUCAGGUGGCCUCCCCCUCACAGCAGGACCUGCAGGGAAUCUCAGCAGCCCAGCUUGUCCAGCAGGGAGAGCUCACAGAGGAGCAGCAGCAGCAGAUACAGGCGCAGUUGGUUGCAGCUGUAGCCGGAGGUCAACAGAUCCAGUUGUCAAGUGGCCAACAAAUUCAGUUACAAGGAACGCAACAUAUUCAGCUGCCAGGGGGGCAGCAAAUUCAACUCCAGGCUGGCCAACAGAUUCAGUUACAAGGUGGCCAACAGAUUCAGCUACAAGGGGGCCAACAGAUUCAACAGAUUCAACUACAGGGUGGCCAGCAGAUUCAACUACAGGGUGGCCAGCAGAUUCAACUACAGGGUGGCCAGCAGAUUCAACUACAGGGUGGCCAGCAGAUUCAACUACAGGGUGGCCAGCACAUUCAACUACAGGGUGGCCAACAGAUUCAGCUACAGGGUGGCCAGCAGAUUCAACUACCAGGGGGCCAACAGAUCCAGAUUCAGACCAUAGAGGCCAUGUCUCCACAGCAACAGGACUCUCUCAGGGAGGCAGAGAGGAGGUCCGGCACUGUCUCAACUGUUCUCCAACCUGCCAAGAAGCGUAAGGUGGAUGUCCCUUUGGCUGUGUCUUAUGCCGUUCCACAGGGCCAGCAGGUGGCCACAGUUCUAGCCAUCCCUCAAGGGCAGCAGCAAAGCUACGUGUCCCUACGACCAGAUUUGCUCACUGUUGACAGCGCCCAACUGUACAGUACUACAGGAACAAUCACAGGUCCCACAGGUGAGACUUGGACCAUCCCUGUGUACUCCACUCCACAGCAGCAGGGCGUAACUCAUAUUGCCAUACCACAGGAGACAUACAGCACAGUGCAGGUUACCACAGCCAAUGGUAAGGACAGACUGUCCCCCAGCUCCUCGUCAAGGUCUGGAGAUGUGCAGUCGGCCUCUGGUGGGACACAGGAGGAAAUAGUGCAGACGCUGUUUCCAGCGCAGUUCAUGAACGGGAACAUUCACAUCCCUGUGGCAGUGCAGACUGUAGGAGGGAGUUACAACACCACACAGUCUGUACACAUAUGGGACCCAAAUCAACAGCAGGGCCAAGGAGAAGAGGGACAAGAACAGCAGCUCCAUCUGCAGGGUCACAUAGAGACAGAGGCUCAUGCUGAACCUCCUGCAGAAAUUCUGGUUCCUGUCUGUCUGAAGCCAGAGGAAGGCCUCGAGGUCUGGCGCCUUUGGGCGCAGCGAAAAAAUGCUGAGAUGAAUAAGCAGGAAAAGACAAAGCUGGCACCAAUAGGACGUCGUCAGCCACUGCGUUUUCAAGAAGACUUGCUGUCCAGCGCCGUAGCUGAGCUGAACUUGGGUCUUGCCCUGAUGACGCAGGAAGCCAGAGGAUCGGAAGAGGAACAAUUUGCAUCCGAUGUGCUAUAUUAUGUUUUCUUGUGUAUACAAAAGUAUCUCUGUGAAAAUGGACGUGUGGAUGAUAUUUUCUCGGAUCCAUAUUACACACGUUUUUGUGGGUGUUUACACAAAAUCCUGGAGGGUUGGAAACCCAGUGUCCAUCCUUUAGGUUAUGUCAUUCCAAGUCAUGUGACAGAGGAGAUGCUGUGGGAGUGUAAACAGCUUGGUGCACAUUCACCAUCCACAUUGCUCACAACUCUAAUGUAUUUCAACACUAAGCAUUUCCGCCUGACUACACCUGAACAGCAUCUAAAAGUAGCUUUCACAAAGGUCCUGAGGCACACGAGGAAGAAUCCCGCGAAUGCCAAGGACAAAGCCACCAGUAUACGCCUUCUUAAAGGACAAGGUGCACACGGCGGACAGAAAGGAACCGAUGAAAUGUUUGAAGAGCAGAUCGAGGAUCCUGAUAAUCCUCUUCGUUGCCCCAUCAAACUUUAUGACUUUUAUCUCUUCAAAUGCCCUCAGAGCGUUAAGGGACGCAACGAUGCAUAUUACAUGACACCGGAGCCCGUCGUCGCACCCAACAGCCCGAUGUGGUACUCCUCUCAGCCCCUCACAAGUCAGCAGGUGGAGCACAUGCUGACACGCAUCAUCGUGGUCCGAGAGAUUCAGGAGAUCAUCGGCGCAGGUCCAGACAACAUGAGCUAAAGAGAGAGGACUGACUGGACCGAUGGGAACUUGUUCUGUUGACUAUGCAGUAUCCAUCCGGACUCUAAAAACCUCAAUGACCAUCUCAAAUCAAAUGAAACAACUUCUGAAACAAUCAUCAUCGCACUCUGAGGAGUGUAUCAUUACAGCAAAGAUUUUUUUUCCUCUUCUUACAUAUUCUGUUUUCAUCUGAUGUGGUGGGCUGUUCUUUCUCUUGACUACCUUUUGUAAGCCAUUGCCUCUGUGACCUGAACUGUACUGUAGGGGAGGCCUUAGCCUCACCACUGCUGGACUGUGAUUGACCUCCUGGACUGCAGCUCACCACAGGUGGUAGAUAUUCCUGUCAGUCUUAUAAAUAUAUGAGGAUAUUAUACCCUUCACUACUUAACCUCAGACCUUUAACCACCUCUUACUUCUCUUCAGGCCAGAGAGUCCCAUUAUGAUACGUCACAUCUUUCUGGACAAUUACAGGGACCACUUCCCACCGCGUUGUUUUGUAUACUGAUUGCAUUUUGGAUCAUUUAUCAAUUUGUUCAAAGCUGAAGAACUUGUGCCUGUUUUUCAAAAACGACGUCAUAAUUUAUGCUUGUGGAUCAACGAGUGAGCCGAACCUCAGAUAUUCACAAGGUCAAGUGCUAUAUUGUAGUUGUUCAGGAGAUUGGAAACAUAUUUCUCAGGUCAAAGCUAGUGAUUGAAACACCCAUCAAGGAUAUUUGCCAACGUAUUCCUGUAUGUAUAGUAGGUUAUUAAACAGGAUCUGCAGAUGGAAACGUCUUUGUUCAGCUAACACAAUAUUAAUCCUUGUAUCAAAAGUCAUGUCAAACAGUUCAAAAAUGGCAAGUAUUUAACCUGUGUUGUCUGUGGAAAUGUUGACAUUUGAAAUGAGGAUUAGUUGUGGGCCUUCUUAAAUUGAUUUGUGUCACCAACAGCAUCCAUUAGCCUAGUGGUGCCUCCCUUGAAAUGACAUGUACAUUUGAUUUGAACCGCAUUGAAAGAAAUAGUUGUGAUAAAGUUCUCCUUCUUUUGUUUAUUACUAAAAUGAGUUGUAUAGCACUGUACAGUCAU